AUGGAGCGUAAUGAGCCGCCCCUUGUUGAGGGGAGUUCGCACACCAGCGCCGAUCGCCCCCUGGUAUUAGAGGAGCUAGAAACGCCGCAUGACCGUAGUGGUGUUAUAAACGAUGCUGUAAAAUACUUGGCCGGUUCUAGUUCCGCUCAAUAUACCCUGUGCUACACAAACGCCGCUGCUGAAGAGAAAUUUUUCCCCUGCCAAGAGUAUGAUGGCGACGAGUGUAACUAUGAACCUGAUAGUUAUUAUGGUAUUGUCUCAUCAUCUCUUGAGACUAGCAGUGACGCAGAAUCCGAAAUAGCAUAUGUACGAAAAAUAUGUCGUGACAAUUCUGCUUUUCGUGAUUGUAUAGCUAAGGAUUCCGAAGGUUUUCGUACACAUUCAGAUGCAAGCUGUUCCAUAAAUUCACCAGUAUCGACACCUAGGAGGCAACCCGUUACUGCCGUACCCAGAGCGCGCGCUGACGAAGGUUGCACCCAAGGAAAUGAUGUCUCCUCUGAACGCGUCUCGUCUCACCCCCCAAAGAAAGGAUAUCCAAUUACAUGUAUUCCUUCAGAUGUGUACUCGAACCUUGAAAUAAAAGGCAACAAAGUUACAAAAGCUGUUGAACGCUCACAUAAGCUCGAUAUUAAUAUAAACACAUCUGAAAAGGUAAAUACAAUGGAUAAGAGGAUGUUUAAUCAACGAUACUUAUCGGCAGAAGCCCCUGAAAACAAAUUGCGACCUACCUGGGAUAACAUGAAAACGCGCUCAAUGUCUAACGAAAACCUAGUGUCAGGAGGUACCGCCGAUUUGAUGAACUUUGCAAAGGAUUUCCGUGCUAAAUACGGAACUACUAAUUCUGAAGAGCCAUUUGUGAGUUCCCCAACCCUGGGCUCACGUAAAAACUAUAAUGUCCAUGCAGUCUCUGAUGUAGAAUGUGUCGACCCUAUGUAUAGCUUUGCAAUGUCCGGUAGAACACGGAAUAGAAACUAUGCGCACUCUUUUAAAUCUAAUGAUAAUGAGGAAUUAUCAUUUAGACACACUGCAGCCGAUAAAUAUGCAAAUAGUAACGAUGUCGAUAACGACCGACCUUUCUAUCGAGGACGCAUGUCAGAGACGGUGGAAGAUCUUGAGCAUCCUUUUGAAAAGUUACCAGGGUAUGUGGGACUCAGGAAACCAGUCAAUAUACAAAAAUUAGGACACACACCGUCUGAUGAUAUACUUCUACGUGAUUACAAGUCGGGCGCACAACAAGGGGUGUUUACAGAAUAUAAUAAAAUCACAUCACCAAUUGGAGUUGAAGAACGACUUAGAUCACAAUCAUACGGUCAUGGAGGAAAUAUUGUAUCAUACGAUAGGCGCAUUCAAAUUCAUUCUGAAAGACAGCAUAGAGUGGAACCUAAUGGGCAGGACACACGGCCAGGGAAAGUAGGUCCACAUAUUGCUGGAAUGCGCGAUUUCAGACAACAAAUGGCUAAUAGGACACCUGAGGUACAAACAGAAACGUUUGGGGACCAUGAAACGGUGCAUAAUGUGGAAUGUAUAACUAGAGAGCCAUAUAUUCGCCAAAUGCAACAUCUGUAUACAAGUCAUCCGACAAUAGAAGCUACAACAAUAUCAGCUCCUAUUGUGGAGCCUAUAGGUACAAUUGCCGAAAAUACUCCGGUGAGUAUAUCGGAGGUUAAUAGGCAAAUUGAUACGUAUUUAAAUUCUAAACCUUCACUUCGCAUGGAUAGGGGUGAUCUAGGUAAUCGACGUUCUAGUGUUCCUUUGGAUUCUAAAAGGGAAGAUACAAUUCAGUUUGCUGAUAAACCCAAGGUGGAAUCUUAUGGAUAUCAAGAUGGAUCUUCGGUAGUCUCGACGAAUAGUACGAAACAUUUUCAUCGUGAGUAUUCGGGCCUGUCGAGAAUAUCAGAAAACAGAGCUAGCACUGUGUACACGAACCUAGAUAAAAGCAAAACUGCCAUUGCUACGCCAUCUUGCGAUAUAUCCUCGGCAUCAAUAACACCACCACCUGGAAUGGUGAGCUACGCUAAUGAAAGGGUGCUAAAAGAGGAUAUAGACACACCUAUGCAAGGGGAAUCAUGGAUGUUCGAGAUUGAUUCACAAAUCUCACAAGUUAAUUCAGUUUCCCCGGGUAUAACGGCGCCAGAAAACUUUUUAUCACCAAAUAACGACGACCCAUGCAACGUUGUUAUCGAUAAUAGCAAAUCGGGUGAUGUCAAUUUGUAUGAUUCUGGCCGCAUUGUCCUUCCGGAUCCUGCUUGUGCAGUAGAUCCGUUGGAACAUCCCAGUAACACUGGCCGGGAUAUAAGCACACAUUAUACAACAGUGCAAACCGAAGCACUUACAAAAACGGCUACAGUAUUAGAACGGUCGCCUGCAGAUUAUGAACUCAGCGACGGAGAACCUACAAGAACAAACCAUAUUGAAGGUUGUUGCGAACCAGGCACACCGCCUUCAAGAGCUACAAUGUCAUUCGGUGACGAGCUGGGUUCCUAUAUCCCAGGAGGGUGCUUACCAGAUUCCGCAUUCAGGUCGUCAAUUGAACCCGGUAUAUUCGAUGGCGACGUAGUGCGCCCAUACCUGGAGAGUACCCAGGAACAACAGCCUCCUCUCGCGCCAUUAUUCACGUUUGGCGGUCCUAAUGUUAAGAGAUAUAGCAACUUAUCAUACAGCGAACGUGGAUUCAAGCACGGUUCUCUGGAUGCUAGAACAAACUCUUUUCCUUGGAGGCACCAACGAAGCCUUGACACUAUGCAAAGUGACGAAUGUAUCAGUUCAAGAUACAAGCUCAUUAAAAACGGGCAUCAUAGUAGUAUACCUACGUACACACACAACUAUUCAAUGCCAUCUGAUGCACCGGGAGAAGAGUGCUUAACUUGGAGACAAAGAAGUCUGCAUCCAUCGGAUUCGGAUGUCCAACCUUUAAACCGUCAUGGCAAAAACAGCUGUGAUACCAUUGGACAAUUUGAUUUUGUAACACCCAAAGAUUAUGAUGUGGACCAUAGGCCAUUAAUAAGCCAUCUGGGUCUAUAUGAUGGUGCAAAACGUGAAAUUUUGGGUCGUCAUUUAAGAAAAUAUUCGCACAAUUCUUCCGCGGCGUCAAGUGAUUAUGUCCGCAUGCCUUCAGAUGCUCAUAGUUACGCAAAGACAAGAUGCGUAGUACCGGAAUCGGUCUAUGAUGAUGAUGAGGACGGCAUUAGGCCUGCAGAAUCUGAGGCUGCUUCCCGCGGGAAAAUGUCACUUGGUUCUGUAGAGACUCUUCUGUCUCAGAGUGUGGAUAGAGCAGGCGACUUGGAACCUUUGGUAGCGCUUGUAAAGCAAUUAAACACUGCUUUGGAGGGCCAGAAACGUAUGGAGACGUUAAAAGGAUCUGUGCCGAUUGUUGAAGAGGGUGUAAAUGUCUCUUCAAUAACAAAAGGACGCGAGCAACUGGACACCGCCAUACAAACAGUCCCAAAUGAUACCGAUUUGUUUCGUCGUCAAUCGGUGGAUUCUCAGUGCCAUGACUUACCUCAUAAUAAGGUAACAAUUGGUACCCAGACGGUUGCAAUGGGUAGAGAGCGACGUUCUAGCACAUCUUCUAGGGGCAGCGUAUCUGUAUCUUUUAGUAUGGAUGCAGCUGACGAUGCAGCAUAUAGUGCCCCUAAUCAUAACAAGCGUAUUGAUGCUUCAACCAACACUCCUUCCCAAUUCCCAUUAUACAGCAAGUCUGUGGAAUCGAUUUAUUCGAGCCCCAGCGAACCAGAGGGAUAUAUGAAUCCAUUCGCUAAGGAAGCUCUGGUGUCCCGAAUGACGGGGAGUUCGACAUCACGUUCGUUGCCACGCCAUAACAGUGGUCCUAACAGGCCCUUGUACACUAGCGGCGAUUCGGACGACGAUGUUGGUAGAGCCAGAGAGGAGGCGGUUUCAUCCUCUAGAGACAAGGGGAGGCCCUCUUUAAGUAUCCCAGAAGGGUUAACUGAGGAGGAGCUUAUGGAAGCAUACAACGAGGUGAAGAAACUAAUUCGUAUCUUCCACGUGAAAGAUGUCAAGUCGCUUACCCGUGCGGUGACGGCGCGUGUUAACAGAACUUCGAUAUGA